AUGCAGUUCGAUUCGUUGACAGAGGCUCCUCGCAACCUCAAGGAGGGUAUUGACUGGCUGAUGGCCCUGAGGGGAACUGAUGCUGAAAGAAACCUGACGGCCAUGGGUGCCGCACUUUACAACUUUCUCGCAGACAAGCCCGUUGGCCUCAUGGAAUUGCCAGCUCUCGAGAAUGUAAAACAUCUUUCUAAGGAUUUCAUGUGGCAAAAGGAGCUUAAGGACCAAUGGCCCGUAAACAUUAUGCUGAGGAGAUUCAAUAACCCCAUGGAUAAGACACAGGGAAAGUUCUCCGAGACCACUGGAUUUGUCGAAGAAAGCGAUUUUGAGAACGUAAUACAGACUAAGGGUGUCAAGCCCAAGGACAUCGCAAAGGACUUAGGUAACGUUGUUGAUGCUUGUGAGAAGUUCCUGCGUAGCAUAAAAGUGCCUGACCACUAUAUCUCUGCCUACAGUCGAGAAGCAACGUGGGAGGCAUCGUGCUCGAAGGACCCGGAGGCUUGUGCAGUAGUCUUCGUGGGAAUUGCGCCAAUGUUAUACGCAGGCCUAAAUGCUUUGAUGGCAACGUGUAUCGCUGCAUUCUUUAGAGGAUCGAAUUCUACGGGGUAUAACAAUAUGCGGGAGGUGUUGCGCGCCCUGGGUUACGUAGAGCCGGAAUGCCGCGCUGGCAUAAGUGCACCAAAUGCCGUCAUGGCAUUGGGAGGUGUGGAUAAACGCGUGGUAACGACAAUUUACGAUCUCUCUGGAUUCUGGGCUUUCUACUGA